AUGAGCUCUAGGCCUUACGCAGACAUCAUCACUAUUCGCUUUACAGAUCAAGUGCUUCACGUACACAGCUUUUUGGUCAAAAGAUUCCCCAAACUUCAUGCUUUGGUUUCCACGCACAACGAAGUGGAUAUGCAUGAUGUAUCUGGCGCGGCUGGCCAUACCAUUGUCAAUUACCUUUACAAUGGCACCUACGAGAUUCUCACCUCGGUCAAUGACGCCGGCAUGCCUGCAAGCCACAACGACGAUGCCCUCCACAGCAGCCUCGAGGUGUAUGCAGCCGCGCGCAAGUUCCAGCUUGACGCACUCCAGAAGUCGGCGGAGGAGGAUAUCAAGAGCCGGACUGCACAUAUCAAACCUCUCGAUGCCCUUGCCCUCGUUAAGAAGGUCUUUCCAUUCCACGAUGCGGGUGAUACCUGGCUGCGUGGCUACAUGAAGAAACUGCUGGAUGCCGCUUACUCGGACGUCGAAGCGAUCCUGGCAUCGAACAUUUUGACUGCUGAUCAUACCGAUCAGACUGUCUCAAUCACUGAGAUGCUUCUCCGCACUGUUAUUGAUUGCAUGAGAGAAAGGGAGGUGCGGAGCAGGAAAGCGCAAGAAGCUGAAGAGCCAGAGGGAGAUGCGGCGAGCCGGGAAGCCACAGAUUAUUGGCAGCUCUAUAAAGCUAGUUCUGACUCCAACGGCGGGUCAGAACCCCAUCGUGUAGCCACCACAAUUGAUACCUGA